AUGAAUGGUAAGUAUAGACUUAAAAACAAAAAGCUCUAGAUUUUAAAAGGUUUGAACAGAGUUGGGAAAAGGUCUAGUCAUCAUUUUUGAAAUUCGAUGAAGCAAGAUGGAAAUCUGAGACUCUUUUGAAUGAAAAAUAAACAAUCAGUAUUUUAUAAUUUUUGAAGGAUGAUGAGUUAAUUGCUUUAAAAAACAAUGAAGCUAUAAGAAGCUUGAGCAUAAAUUUACAAAAAUUAUGGAGUUUUAAAAAGUCUGAAGAUAUGAUGAAGUCAGUGAAUCUAAAUAAAUUAGUGGAAACUCCAUAUAUGAUGGAAAUUAUAAUGUAAGUGUUGCCCAAUAUGAUUCUUAAAGCAAAUGAGAUUAUUAACAUUAAAUAAACCUUCUUGAAGAAUUUUUCAAAGAUGUUGAAAGAAUUCUACAUAAGUAAAUACAGAAUUCAAAUGUAUAAAUCACAACAGAAAAGGCAUCUGUAUGAGUCAAUAAAUGAAGUUAAUAAAGAAUCUCAAGCAGAAAUUUACGCUGAUUAUGUUGAAUACUUGGAAGUUACUCAUAACGAUUUACAAUACUUAGAAAUUAUUGAUUAUCAUUAAAUUGCUUUUGAAACUUGGAAAAUUUGGAAGAAAAUUCGAUUCUUUAAUAAUUGUAAAAUUCUUAAGAAUCAGAGGGAGUGCAUAAAUAACUUUAAACAAUAUUUAAUCUUUUGCUACAAAAUUAGAUAUUAUAGAAAAUAAAAAUUUAAUAGGAAGAAAUACUCUAAUUUGGUAAUGAUGCAUUAAAAGAUUACAAUCUUACAAUUUAUGACUUUUAUUGUGAGUUUAUCAAUUAUUACUACUUCAAAUAAAUCGAAAAAUCGAGAAACUUAGGAAAAUCUAUAUAUGCUGAUCGUUUUAUGCAUGAUCUAUUAGAAUACUCAAUUAGAUUAGCAAAAACAAUGAGUAAGAAUGAAAUGACUUAAGUUUAAUAUAAGUAGCAAGGAUUUUUAUAUUAAAAUGAAGAACAGAAGACCAAUCGCUAAAUGAAUUUUUUAAUUAUGAUGAUUAAAACGGAACUUAUAAAAAAGAUAUUAGAAGUUGCUCACUUGUCUAAUAAAAAGGUGCUAAUUUUUAAUUUAUCCAUAAAUCAAUAUAAGAGUUCUUGAUUGCAGCUGAUUUAUAUGAAGUGUUAGUUGGAUCAAAAGAUUAUGAUAUAUAAAUAUUGAAUACUAUAUUAGAAAUAUUGUCAAAAGAGAAUAAUCAAGAUUAGGAUUGCUUAAAGUUUAUGGAAAAUAUAGAUGUAAAAUAUUCUUAGACUUUGAGUUAAAUUGAAAAUAUAUCACUUUUUGAAAAAUAAAAAUAAUUUGAUACUUUCAAAAAGACAAUUAAAUCAAUUACUCAUUUGAUCGAAACCAUUCAAGAACAUGAUAUUAAUUCUGUUAAUUAUUCCACUGAAACCUACACUGAAACAAGGUAAUACCUCAUUUAAAAAAUAUAACAAGAGGUUAAAAUAAUUGAAUUUUUGAAAUUCUUAAUACAUCUUACAAAAAUUGAUACAAAUUUUAUUAUAAGUGGAUCUAAUUCGCUUAACAUAUUGGUUGAAAUGAAAGUUGAUCUAACAAACUAAAAUUUUGAAAAUAUAAGAAUAGAAAAUACUAAUGUAUUUGGAGGUAAUUUUGCUAAAUGCAAUUUAUCUAAGUCUUAAUUUAAGAAUGUGAAUAUCAAUGGAAUAAAUUUAAAUGGAGCUUAAUUAUUUGGAUGUAAUUGGUAAGAAUUAUAAAUAAACGAUUUAUAUUAAUUGGAUGGUGAUGAUGAUUGUAUCAACUCAGUUUGUUUCUCUCCUGAUGGAAAUACAUUAGCUUCUGGUAGUUAUCAAGAAAUUCGUCUAUGGGAUGUCAAAACAGGAUAAUAAAAAGCCAAAUUAGAUGGUCAUAGUAA